AAGCAGUCUUCGUUCCCAUUCCAUCUCUUCACUAUCAUGCUUCGUGCCGCGAAAUUUCCUCUCCUUUCAAUUCCACUCACGCGUCUCUUUUUUAAUUUAACGUUUACUUCCUUUAAUUGUUUUUUAUUUAUGUCUUACGAAAAUUCACUAUCCUUCAUGCACCCAUCAUUCCCUUUCAGUCAAAUUCAGAGUCGUAUUUUCCCUCCUACAUCUCUUUCUUUCUCUGUUCCCUGCGACUUUUAUUCCAUCCUUGUUAUCACUUCUUCUACUCUUAGCUCCCAUUUCGGACUUUGAUACUUUGUAAAUACUCAACAGUAAAGAGUGGGAUUUGUGCAGGAGUUGAUUUUUUCUUGGGUUCAUCCCCCUUGAGAGAAUAAUGGGGUCGGUUUGCUCAGCCAAUAAGGUUAAGAAAAAUAAAAAUGCAGAGGUUGGAGAGAAGAAGUUGGGGUCUGAGGGGAAGCUUAAGAAGUUAAAGAGCAUUGUAAACCGGAUAGGAGAUUCUAAUUCUAAUUCAAGGACUACAGAUCAUGGUAAAAGGCAAAAGAAGAAAAACUCUGGAUUUUCCAGUGAAUUCAAGCUAUCCACUCCUAACACAAAAGAAGAAAAACAGAGAGGCUCCUUUCUUGGAAGAGCUGGAGAGAGGGCAGUGGAAGUUCUGGACACACUUGGUAGUAGUAUGCCAAAGUUCAGCACUAGUAAUGGGUUUGCCUCUGGCAUGGCUCCUAGAGGGAAUAAAAUAUCUAUAUUAGCAUUUGAAGUAGCUAAUACAAUAAACAAAGGAGCAAUUUUGUUUCAAUCACUGUCUGAAGAAAAUAUUCAGUUCCUCAAAAAGGAGAUUUUACAAUCAGAAGGGGUACAUCAAUUAGUUUCAUGUGAUACAAAGGAGUUAAUAGGUCUUAUUGAGGUUGACAAAAGGCAAGAUUUUAAUGUCUUUACCCGGGAAGUAGCUAGAUUUGGAAAUACAUGCAAGGACCCUCAGUGGCAUAACCUUGAUCGAUAUUUCUCAAGAUUAGAUUUUGAUAUCUUGGGCAACAAACAACCAAGGGUAGAGGCAGAAAUAAUAGUGCAGGAGUUGACCACACUAUCUCAGAAUACUGCUGAAUUAUAUCACGAGUUGAAUUCAUUAGACCGCUUCGACCAAGAUUAUCAACAAAAAGUUAAGGAAAUGGAAUCCUUAAAUCUUCCCCUCAACGGGGACAGUCUCACAGCUUUUGAAAGUGAGAUAAAGCAUCAAAGAAGGCUUGUGAGGAGCUUGAAAAAGAAGUCUCUUUGGUCCAGAAAUUUGGAGGAGAUAGUUGAAAAGCUUGUUGAUAUCGUUACCUAUAUACAUCAAGCAAUUUUGGAGUUCCUUGGAAACUAUGGAACAACCGUUCUCAAGCAUAGUAGGGGUUCUCAAAGACUGGGUGAAGCUGGUCUUGCACUGCACUAUGCUAACAUUAUCAAUCAGAUAAACAUGAUUGCAUCUCGCCCAACCGUUCUUCCUCCAAAUGUGAGGGACACAUUGUAUCACGGGUUGCCUAAUAAUAUUAAGAAUGCACUUCCUUCACGGUUGCAAAACGUUGAUGUCACAAGAGAGCUCUCCAUCACAGAGGUCAAAGCUGAAAUGGAUAAGAUACUCCGGUGGCUCACCCCACUAGCCACAAAUACGACCAAAGCAAAUCAAGGUUUUGGAUGGGUUGGAGAAUGGGCAAAUACAAGUAAUGAAUAUGGUGAAAACAUGGCCAAAGAGAGUAACCUGAUACGUCUCCAAACACUUUAUUAUGCUGACAAGCAAAAAAUAGACUUUCACAUUAUUGAAUUGUUAACUUGGCUUCACCAUUUGGUUAACUUUGUAAGAUAUAGGCAUAAUGCCAAGAGGCCAAUGCCUACAAGAACUUCUCCUAAGCGACUUGAUUGUCAGUCAAAGAUGCUGCAAUUUAUAUCCUUAGACCGAAUUAGCAAGCCAUUAGGAACUCAACUUUCUCCAGAGGAUAAGAGAUUAUUGGAGGAGGUAACUAUAAAGAGGAGUAGUCCGGGAGUUAGUAAGAGCGAGGAUCUCGCCGUGACCAAGAAAAAAGGAGCCAGAAUUUGGCCCUAUAGCAAGAGUGUAGGGGGUUCACCUGUUACAACAAAGGGUUGGGAGCACCCAAACUCAAAUGUUUUGGAUACUAUGGAUGGACUAUAAGAAACUUACAUUUUGUUUAUUUACCUUCCAAUGUUAACAUUUCAUUUUAUUUUAUUUUAUUUUUACUAUUAUUAGUUUAAACUAAGGCCUCGUCUUUUGAUUUUCAAGUUAAAUUUUUUGUAUAAGAAAGAAAGAUAGAAGAAAAUAACUUUCAUUUCUUCGGGUGAUAUUUUCGUAUGACAUUGAUGAAUUCAAACUGUUUAUUAUUGGAAGUCUU